AAACCACUUUGGAAAAAAAAUGCAAAGUUGAAAGUAUACUUUUUCAGUCAACUAAUGAACCCAAAGUCGAUAGAAUUUCUUACCCUUUCAAACCAAGAACAGAUUCUUAAUCUGUGUUGAUUGAAAUCCCUUUCAUCUGCUAGACUUUCAGAUUUCAAAUUAUCCUAAGAUUUUCUUGAUCAUCCGGAAAUAUGGUGGGAGAUAGGAGGAUUAGUUUUUUACUUGAUUUUCUGGUUAUGACCUUUUUUUGGGUUGGAGUUAAUUCACAAUGCAGUGAAGGAUGUGACGCAUUAGCUUCAUUCUAUGUCUGGGGUGGAUCAAAUCUCACAUUCAUAUCCUCCAUGUUGUCGACUAAUAUCAGCGCUAUUGUUAGUUACAAUCCUCAAAUUACCAAUCCAGAUAUCAUUCGAAUGGGCAGCAGAUUAAAUGUGCCCUUCUGGUGUAGUUGUGUAAAUGGUGAAUUUAUGGGUAAUCAGUUUCCCUUUCGGGUCAGGCGUGGAAACACUUACCUAAGGAUCGCGGAACUUUAUUAUUCAAAUCUUACAACAGUUGAAAUGUUAGAGAGGUUUAAUGGUUAUAAUCGUACUGGAAUACCAGAGAAUGCACAGUUGAGAGUUACUGUGAAUUGUUCAUGUGGGAAUAGCCACGUGUCCAAGGAUUAUGGGCUAUUCAUAACAUAUCCUCUUCGCCCUGGUGAAAGUUUGUCUUCAAUAGCCAAUGAGUUUCGCCUUCCUGAGGGGUUGUUACAGGAUUACAAUCCUGGAGUGAAUUUCAGCCGCAGUAGUGGUUUGGUUUUCAUUCCGGGAAGAGAUCGAAAUGGAAUUUAUCCGCCAUUGAAAUCAAGUUCAACUGGAAUUUCAGGUGGAGCCAUUGCUGGAAUAUCAAUUGGAGCAGUUGCGGGAGUAAUAUUUUUGGCAGUCUGUAUCUAUUUUAUAUUCUACAGAAGGAAGAAGGUGAUGGAAGAAUCUAUUCUCAAUGACCAAGGCAUAGAGAAUACACCCGGUCCUGACAUGCUGGAGAAAACAUCAGAAUCUGGUCCUCUUGUUGCUACCGCUUCUCCAAGGCUCAAGGGUAUCACUGUGGAUAAAUCAGUUGAAUUCUCAUAUGAGGAACUGGCAGUUGCUACAAAUUACUUUAACAUCUCUCAUCAGAUUGGUAAAGGUGGCUUUGGAGCUGUUUACCAUGGAGAGCUUAGAGGCGAGGAAGCUGCUAUUAAGAAGAUGGAUAUGCAAGCAUCCAAAGAAUUCCUGGCUGAACUGAAGGUUUUAACACAUGUUCACCAUGUGAACUUGGUGCAUUUAAUUGGAUACUGCGUCGAAGGUUCCUUGUUUUUAGUUUAUGAAUACAUUGACAAUGGUAACCUUAGUGAACAUUUACGUGGUCAAGCAAAGGAACAAUUACCAUGGUCCACUAGGGUGCAAAUUGCCCUUGAUUCAGCUAGAGGACUUGAAUACAUUCAUGAGCAUACCGUUCCUCUCUAUAUACAUCGUGAUAUUAAGUCUGCAAAUAUUUUGAUCGACAAAAACUGCCGUGCAAAGGUUGCUGAUUUUGGCCUUGCAAAACUGACUGAAGUGGGGAGUGCUUCUUUGCACACUCGUCUCGUGGGAACUUUCGGAUACAUGCCUCCAGAGUAUGCACAGUAUGGCGAUGUUUCUCCCAAAAUAGACGUGUAUGCUUUUGGGGUUGUUCUUUUCGAACUAAUAUCCGCUAAGGAAGCCAUUGUGAAGACAAAUGAAGUUAUAACAGAAUCAAAGGGACUUGUUGCUCUGUUUGAGGACGCUUUUAGCCAGACGGAUCCUACAGAAGGUGUACGAAAACUAGUUGAUCCAAGGCUUGGCGACAAUUGUCCCCUUGAUUCGGUCGCUAAGAUGGCUCAGCUCGCGAAAGCGUGCACACAUGAAAAUCCUCAACUGAGGCCAAGCAUGAGAUCAAUUGUAGUUGCACUGAUGACACUAUCAUCUUCAACUGAGGAUUGGGACAUUGGCUCAUUCUAUGAAAAUCAGGGUUUAGUCCAUCUGAUGUCCGGGAGGUAACUAACCGGUCCAUCAUGUGUAUCUUUAACGUCAUGAUUUCACGACAACUAUCGUCUGUAUAUUCCCAAUGACGAAGGGUGAAAACUGAAAAGGGCUUGAGAUACCCUUUCUCACUCCCCCCUCCACCGGCCCCGGCAUUGAUUCUUAACCUGUCUUUUAUAAUUUUAGAGCAGUCUGUUCAUAAUCAGAAACAAACAAUUAAAGUUUCAUAUAUGUAUAGGUUUUUAACUUCCAUUUAGUUGUUGAAUAUGAAUAUGAUUUGUAAAACUAUUCAAUCCAUCUUUCAACAUUUUGUUUUGUGUGUGGA